AUAAGAGAUCCACACACACCCAUCUAGAUUAUAUUUCCGUGCUCCAGAAACAGCUUCUUGAAAGCAUCCACACUCUACUUGGAGGCCAGCAUCGGCUGCAGUUCGCGGCAGUCACAGUGCUCGAGGCAAAUUUAGACAGCCGAGCAGUCGCAGUCGCAGUCGCAGUAUACUCGUAGUAGUACCAUUGGUGCAUUAUAGAGAUCUCGACUUCGAGACUCAUCACCCUCAUAUUUUUCGAAAAUUAAAAUGGUAGUCGGUUGUAUUGUUCGUAAUACCUUACCUCCUCUUCUCAGAAGAAGAAGUAUCGCUGCCGCUGGUAUAAGCGGCCUGGUUUAUUUUGGUUUCCCACUUCUUCUCUCCGUCUCAUUACCUUCUUCUUCUUCCUCUGUAAUAAAAUCUACAGCAGCAGGAAUAUCAUCAUCUUCAUCGUUGUCAUCACCACCAGUCACCAUGAGAGCAGCUCCGGUAGCAAAGAAGGUUAAACAUGAAAUGGAAAUGUUUGGAGAUGUUAGAAUCGACAAUUAUUACUGGCUUCGUGAUGAUUCUCGUUCUAAUCCUGAGGUUAUUUCUUACCUCAAUGAAGAAAAUUCAUAUGUUGAUUCCGUCAUGGAAGGGACAAAAUACAUGGAAGAUAAGCUAUUUGCUGAGAUAAGAGGGAGGAUUAAGGAAGAUGAUAUAACUGCUCCUAUCCGCAAAGGACCUUAUUACUACUAUGAGAGGACAUUGGAGGGGAAGGAGUAUGUUCAGUAUUGUAGACGUCUUAUAGGCGAUAAUGGAGAACGAGCUGCUACUGUGCAUGAUACAAUGCCGAUGGGACCAAACGAUCCUCAAGAGCAUGUUAUCCUGGAUGAAAAUGUCAAGGCCAAGGAACAUGAUUACUAUAGGAUUGGAGCUUUCAGAGUUAGUCCGAAUAAUAAGUUGGUGGCGUAUGCAGAAGACACUGUAGGAAAUGAGAUUUAUACUGUUUAUGUCAUUGACGCAGAGUCUCAAGCUCUAGUUGGGAAGCCCUUGGUAGGUGUCACAUCAUACCUUGAAUGGGCUGGUGAUGAGGCGCUAGCUUAUGUUACAAUGGACGAGACCCUUCGCCCAGACAAGGUUUGGCUGCAUAAGCUGGGCUCUGACCAAUCUAGUGAUACUUGUCUUUAUCAUGAAAAGGAUGAUAUGUUCUCUAUUGAUCUUCAACUUUCUGAGAGCAAGAAAUUUUUGUUUGUUGCAUCCGAAAGUAAAACUACACGGUUUGUCUUUUACUUUGACGUUUCUAAGCAAGAAGAUGCACUUGUUGUUUUGACACCUCGUUUGAAUGGCAUUGACACGUCAGUCAGCCAUCGUGGAAGUCAUUUCUUCAUUAAGAGAAGAAGCGAUGAGAUUUACAAUUCAGAGUUACUUGUGUGCCCAAUAGAUAAUACAUCUGCGACAACAUUGAUACUUCCUCACAGGGAAAGUGUGAAGAUUCAAGACAUUCAACUUUUUGUCGACAAUCUUGUUGUAUUUGAGCGUGAAAAUGGUUUGCCUAAAGUGACUGUUUAUGGACUUCCGGCCAAAGACCAACCAAUUGAAUCUCUAUCUGGAGGUCGAGCUGUGGAUUUUAUAGAUCCUGUCUACUCUGUGGAUCCUUCUGAGGCAGAAUUUACUUCAAGCAUUUUAAGAUUUUCAUACAGUUCACUGAAGACACCAGAAUCUGUAUAUGAUUAUGAUAUGAACACUGGCGUAUCUGUGUUGAAGAAAAUUGAUACUGUUUUAGGAGGUUUUGACUCAUCAAAUUAUGCCACGGAAAGAAAAUGGGCAACUGCUUCAGAUGACACUCAAGUUCCUAUGUCAAUCGUUUAUAAUAAGAAUCUUGUAAAGCUUGAUGGGACUGAUCCUUUACUCCUAUAUGGCUAUGGCUCAUAUGAGGUGUGCAUAGAUCCAUAUUUCAAGGCAUCAAGGCUGUCUUUGUUAGACAGAGGGUUCAUUUAUGUAAUAGCUCAUAUUCGUGGAGGAGGUGAAAUGGGAAGGCAGUGGUAUGAAAAUGGAAAAUUCCUAAAGAAGAUGAACACCUUUACAGAUUUUAUUGCUUGUGCCGAGUAUCUAAUAGAGAACAAGUACUGCGCCCAAGAAAAGUUGUGCAUCAAUGGAAGGAGUGCUGGAGGUUUGCUUAUGGGUGCUGUUCUCAAUAUGCGUCCUGAUUUGUUCAAGGCAGCGGUAGCUGGAGUUCCAUUUGUAGAUGUUGUGACGACAAUGCUAGAUGCAACUAUUCCUCUUACAACUUCAGAAUAUGAGGAAUGGGGUGAUCCUCGUAAAGAAGAAUUUUAUCACUACAUGAAAUCCUAUUCUCCUGUGGAUAAUAUCAAGGCACAAAAUUACCCAAACAUUCUCAUUACUGCCGGUCUACAUGAUACCAGAGUUUUGUAUUCUGAACCAGCCAAGUUUGUGGCUAAGUUAAGGGAAAUGAAAACGGAUCUUAACACACUGCUUUUCAAGUGUGAAUUCGGUGCUGGACACUCCUCAAAAUCGGGAAGGUUUGAGAAGCUCCAAGAAGACGCUUUUAUCUUUACUUUCAUACUCAAGGCAUUAGACAUGAUUCCUCCUGCACCAAAGCUCUAGAAACGAAAAAUUAUGGUACCUAGCAUAGUAGCAAGCAGUAGAAAACAGUAAUAGCACAUUUAAAAAGUUAAUCCUCUGGAGUUGACAUACCAAUUAAGGUAUACCCAGAAUCAUCUUAUUUUACUAAUCCUUCUCAGUGGUAUAUGGAUGGCAUUUGACAAUUUAUGGAUUUAUGGUUAAAUUGUUAACCAUUAUGAAUAAUGUAGUGGUGGAUUACCAUUUACCACAACCACCUCUUAAGUUCAAUAGUAGUAAACGAGCGAUAUUUACAUGCAGUUGUGGAGUGCAUCCAUCUCUAUGACAUGACAAUUCUAAUAAUGAUCUGUAGCUUCCUCUCCA